AUAACGUAUGAACUACAACCUUCUGUGCAAUACUUAGAAUUUUGCUUGUGCAAACCAGACAGUGAGGCAACUGUUAACUUCUUCUAAACAAUUCUGAAUUUCCCUCCACGGGCGUAGUCUUUCUGUGCCUGACGAAAGAAAACGAAAGGAAGCAGCGCACAAGUGUACGCACAUUUUUAAAAAGCUGUUCAGGUGGAUCUGCUUUAGUUUUAGUUUCCUUCUGUGGGUUUUUCACACUUGGUGAAAGCACUAUGUUUUUCUUUAUCUUUAUUGCGUGGAUAGGAAAGCCUGUGAACGCUGCCUGUCCAUUAGAACUUAGCCCUCCUAGAGUUGUGGUGAGGUUUGGAGACUCCUUAUCAGCAAACUGCACCUCAUCAUCUGACCAGACUGAAGGAAUGGGAUGGGAGUCUCCAUAUGGAGGAGUGGACCUUACAGAUGGUGUCACUUUUCUUCCCUUUAAAAUUGACUCUGUGCCAGUGUGGGAGUUAGAGCCAAUGUGUUAUGUGAAUUCCCGUGAUGGUAGUCAGUGUACAAAAGUGUUACCGGUCACUGUUUAUAAAAUGCCAGACAGUGUGUCUCUGAAGAAUUUACGUACAGUGAAAGAAGGCCAACAGUUUGCCAUACAGUGUGACAUUGUUAAUGUUGCACCAGCAAGAAGUCUUUCAGUAGUUUGGCACAAAGGAAAUAAGAUCUUAAAUUCUGAGACGUUUGAUGAGUCCAGUCCAUCUCCCGUCAGUAAGUCAUCUGUCCUCACUCUGACUGCUCAUAGAGAUGAUGAUGGAGCUGAGAUCUGGUGUGAAGCAAAGCUGAACCUGUGGCCAGAGGAACAAGGUCCUCCUCCAGUGCGUUCAGAGGAGCAUACUCUGACUGUACUCUACCCACCAACCUUUAUCAGAGCUUCAGAUGAGACUCUGGACUUUCCAGCUGGUAAAAGUAUGACUUUAAAUUGCAAUGCUACAGGAAACCCUUUGCCAUCAUACCGCUGGCAAUUCCCACAAGCAGCACAAGAGCCGUACAAGAAUCAAAAUGAGAAUUAUCCAGUUUUGACUCGAACAUUUAAGUUUCCAGGAAUCUAUACCUGCACCGCCUCAAACACACAGGCCAGGCACUCACAUCUCCGCUCCGCUGUGUCUCAGCCACCAUCGCCCUGGCAGCAAGAGCGCUAG